AUGGAUGUUAAAAAUAAGUCAGAGGUGAAGGUCUUUGUGUUUACAGGACUAACUGACAAUGGUAAUCUUGCCCCAUUCCUCUUCAUACUCUUCAUAAACAUUUAUAUGGUGACCAUAAUGGCAAAUAUUGGAAUGAUGGCAAUUAUCUAUAGUAGCACAACCCUCCAUACUCCAAUGUACUUCUUCCUGAGCUAUCUCUCUCUGGUGGAUAUUUUUUACUCCUCAGCUAUAACUCCUAAGAUGAUACUUGACCUAAUUUCUGUAAGUAAGACCAUCUCAUUCAAUGGCUGUGCCCUACAGUUUUACUAUUUUGCUGCCCUAGCUUGCAGUGAGGCUCUUCUUCUCUCCAACAUGGCAUAUGACCGAUAUGUUGCUAUCUGCCACCCGCUCCACUAUGUGUCAAUAAUGACAAAGAAGAAAUGCUUAUCUCUGGUAUCCCUUGUCACUUCCAUUGGCUUCCUGCAGUCAGCAGUGCAGACCAACUGUGUGUUCAGUCUCAGGUUCUGCAGGUCAAACCUUAUAGACCAUUUCUAUUGUCACUCACCUUCAUUGCUCAGACUGUCCUGCUCAGACACGUUCUCCUGUGACAUGAUAACUGUGUUCAUUGUAGGUUCUUCUGGCACAAGUUGUUUGAUGAUAAUCCUGGUCUCAUACAUUCUCAUUAUUUAUUCAAUUUUACGGAUUAAAUCUGCAAAGGGCCGGCAGAAAGCAUUCAGCACCUGCUCCUCACAUCUCAUGUGCAUCUGCAUCUUCUUUGGUGCCAUUAUGUCCACUUAUCUACGCUCUGCAUCCAGUGCCUUUGAAAAACUAGACAAGGUGGCCUCUGUCCUUUAUUCUGUGGUGACCCCAAUGCUGAACCCACUGAUAUACAGCCUGAGGAACCAAGAGGUGAAACGGAUCAUUAUGCGAGCAGUGCACAAUUUUUCAUCUGUUGCUAUAACUUUGGCAAACUCUAGGCAUCCUGCUCGGUUUCUCCUAGUUAUAUUUAGACAAUAA